AUGGAUGAGAAAGGAGGAAGCGAGCGAUGGAACGGGGCGAUCACGAAUCUGACGGAGAUGGCAUCCAAUCUGGAGUCUCUCCAGAAGCUUCUUCUGAAGAAGGCCGUUUUCGUCGACGAAGAAAGCUUCGCCAAAGCCUCCCUCACCGCGGACCAAGCCCGCACCAUCAAGGUUCUGGAGCAGAGAGUGGAGACUUUGGAACGAGAGCUUGAUGCCGCCAUCACCGCAGCUGCCCGCGCUCGCUCUGAGAAGCGACAGGCCGAAGCGGCACAGAGAGCUUCUGAAUUGCACGCGCAAGAGGUCACCAAAGAGCUUGAGAACACCACAAAGGUGUUUGAGCUGCACAUGGAAGAGUUACGUGCAAAGCAAGAAGAAAUUGCAAAGCGUGAUGAUGAUAUUAAACUCCUGGAAGCUAUUAUUCAAACGCUUGGAGGAAAGGAAUCUAUUUCCACGUCUAUGUAAAAGCCAGGGUGCUUCGUACUCCUUUUCCUUUCUUUCCUUAUUCAUUAUUUUUGUUAGAAUUGGCAUGUAAAUUGAAUCAAACUAUUAUGUAAACUGUGAAGAUUGUUUUCCCAACAUCUUUAUAUUUUAUCAUUUCCAUAUGAA